CAAAUUUUAAAUUUGUAGUAAUCAUUAUUGUACAAGAUUCGAAGUGUUAUAAAUUUAAGCAAUUACAGAAUAAAUACAGAAUAACAUGAACAAAUUUAAUUUAUUUUGUCAUGCAGAAUAAUACGUUUUAGCGUUUUACAUUCUUUGACUCUACCACUCUUUGAUAGUUAUAACAAUAUACGUCAAAAUAUACAUUUAUACGUAGUAUAUACAUUAAUCCCACUAAAUAGUGGUAUAAUUUGGAAAAAAUGUAUCCAUGUUUUCAUGAUUAACAUUUGAAAACAUUUAUGAUGGACGUUUGUCACGCACCACAAUACUUACCUGACCUAGUGUUGGAUAUAAUAUUUUCAAACUUGGAACUGCCCGACUUGUUUAGCUGCAUGUUGGUCUGUCAAAAUUGGUAUCGUGUAAUUAACGAUGGCAGAGCAGAGCCAUGGAAAUUGAUGUGUCGCCGUAAGAUACCCAAAGAGCUACUUAAGUCUGAACUUUUGUCACAACUCCACAACCAUAAGGCUAAGUUACGCGCCUUAUAUCAUUCAUGGAAUCCAGAUGAUUGUUCCAUGCAUAUUGUCGUCAAACAAAAUGGUUUCACAUUGCAUCGCAAUCCAGUCGCCCAAAGUACAGAUAUGGCAAGAACUAAAAUUGGUUAUAACAGUGGUAAACACGUAUGGGAAAUUACAUGGACUGGACCACUAGGUACAGUUGCAAUGGUUGGAGUGUCAACAAAAGAGGCUCCAGUGCAUUGUAGUGGUUACUUACCUCUGUUGGGUAUUGACAAGCAUAGUUGGGGUUGGAACUUAAUCGAUAACGUUUUGUUACACAAUGGAGUAUCACAUGGAAACUACCCAUUGUUAAACAAUGCUCCUAAAUAUCAAAUCGGUGAAAAAUUACAAUUAAUACUAGAUUCUGAAAAUGGGAUUUUGCACUUUGAAAAAUGUAAUGAAUUUUUAGGUAUAGCUUUUAAAAAUUUACCUAAAACUAAAUUAUAUCCUUCAGUAUCAGCUGUUUAUGGUAACACGGAAAUAUCAGUAGUAUACAUUGGUAAGCCUCUAUAUGGUUAAGUAAACAUAGUUCUUGUAAGAAUUCAAUCUCAUAGAAUAUAAAAUACUGUUAAACAUAAGGUUUAAUUUCCUUUAUUGAUGUUUUGUUAUUUUAGUUCAACAAUAUCAAUGUAAUUAUUAAAAAAAAAUAUUUUAAGUCUUCAUCGCUUUUUUGAUAGUUUGUAGGGUGGUAGUAAGUGUUUAUACGCUGAAAUGUUUAGUUCCAGUAUUUGUUCUAUGUUCAUAUUUAUAUUAAUAUAUAUUACAAAAGUAUUUAGGUAUUUCAAAUAUUGUACAGUGGCAUAGCCAAGAUUAUGAAAUAGAGGGGGGAGGGUUAAGUAUAAAUUAAACCAAGUUUUUUUACAGUUUUCAUAUAUAAAUAAUACAUUUACUACGGGAAAAAAUAUUAAUGGGGGGGUUCAACACCCACCCCACCCUGCUUUGUCUCUGGUGGAGUAACUGCUAUCAUAUGGAAAAAUGAGGCAAAAGAGGGUAAUUAUAAAGAAUUGUUUAGACUAUUUUAGAUUGAAUACAAGAUUUAAUAAUGAAAUACAAAUAUGUGCUAUAGGUUUGCCACCCCCUGUCAUAUACUAUUUUUUUGAUAGUAAAAAUUAUUAUAAAUUUUAUUGUUGAUAUUUGCAAUUCAAAAAAUUCUCAAUUUUCAUGCAAAAAUGUAUAUUUCAUAAACUAAAAUUAUACUUUGAGUAAUCAUGUCUAAAACCUAUUAAAUUAUUUUGUGGAUUAAUUAAGUUGUUUAAUAUACUUGUAAUUUUUUAGCUUUUACAUACGUUAAUCAACACUCACUAAAUUUUAUCUUUUUAAUAAUUACAAUAGGUACACAAUAUUUUAAAAUAAUUAUUAUAAUUAUUAAUAUUAGUUAGUUAAAUUAUACAAGAAUUUUAUAUACAUGUAGUCAUGUAGAUAUUGACAUGGGCAAACCUAGCGUGGGUGGUCAUAAUCAACCCUAACUACUAUACCUACUGUACAGCAGACCAGUACCCACUUGUCCACUUUUUUUAAUAUCUAAUUAAUGUUAAUGAGUAUUUUUUUCAUAAUUAGUAUUACAACUUAAUUUGUUAUUUACUUAUAUAAUAAAAACAUUUUAACAGCGUAAUGAUGAAAUGGCUCCAAUAAGAUAACAAAAACAACUUUGACCCCUAAUAAAAUCCUCUUCGGUACGCCCCCGGAUAUUUAAGAUAUUUAUUUAUUUUUUCGUGUCUUUCUUAUAUAAAAUCAGCUAUUACAUAAUUUACUGAUUUUUAAUUUAAAAUACUUAGUUUUCUUCAUUGUAACUAACACAUUUUCAGUAACUAAAAUUAAAUAUUAUAAUUAUAUAGAUAAAUUUAUAGUAUUACCUUUUAAACCUUUGACAUAAUAAAAAUUAUAAUAUAAUUAUAAUAUGCUUAUUGGUAUUUGUUCUUUUUGUCAUGUAUAGAAUAAAAUUCACUUUUGGUUUAUAUUAAUUAUAUAUAGUAUGAUUAGCAUUUAAUUAUUUUUAAUUUAUUUUACUAAGUUCUACUUUUUGUUGAAUACUACCUAUAGCUAAGUUUUUCCUGUUAUUUGUGUUAUUUAAAACUAAUUAAAAAAUUAUUGUAAGAUGUUUAAAUAUAUUUUAAAUAAAAGUUCUUCUUAAUAUUUUUUAACAA